AUGCCACGUUCUAUUCCAUCUGGAUAUAAUUUACAAUUCUAUGAUUCAUAUGUUGAUAAUUUAAUAGCAAAAAGUUCAAGUGGAAAUUUUAUUACUAUCAAAAAAGAGUCAACAGGUGGUCCAAGAUGGACAUUAGAAUGUGCCUCGAAUGAGACAUUAUCAACUAUUUCAUAUUCAAUUAAUUUAACUAAACAUGAACAAGGAAUACUAAACAUUGGUGAUGCAUCAAAAAUACGCCUAAAUCGUUAUAUAGGUAUAUUAGGUUAUUCGAUUUUCGGUUAUUUAGAACCAAUGGAUAAAGUAGAAAAUUUUCCUGUGAUGUUAAUCGUUCAAAGUCUAUUGGAAUGGCCUAUUCAUUUAACAUUAUCACCUAGUAAUCAACAAAUCUAUGGUACUGCUAGCGGUAUAGCUAAAAAUUAUUAUCAUUUGGCCGAUUCACAAAUAUACAUGGGACCAAAUAUGAAUUUCACAUAUAUUUCUAUUUCUUAUGAUAAAUUAUUUCCAUGUUCAUCACUUCAUCAGACACUAAUAGAACAAAAUCAAACUCAAAUAUCAUUAUCCUUUUAUGUAAUUAUCUAUACCGAAGAUACAAAAAAUUUUGAUAUCGAUAUGGUCAUUAAAUUAAGUGUACAAGCAAUGAAAAACUUAUUAUUAUAUAACAAUAUUAUCCCAUUUUCAUUUUAUACAGUUGCAAUGGAAAUGAUUAAACCAUUAGAUGAUAAACAUACGGGUGGUUUUAGUAUAGAACAUUUAAAUAGUUGUACGAUAAAUGUUAUAUAUGGUACAAUUAUUAAUAAAAAUAGUACAGAUAAUCAAAUAAAAACAUUUCAGUAUAAUAUAGCACAUCAUAUUCAACAUGCUUGGUUACCGAAACGACUAUUUUCAAUUUUUUACUAUCCAUUUACAUUUGAAUUAACACCAGUUAUUGAUACUAUUUGGUUUAACGAAGGUUUUGGUCAAUAUAUAGCCAUGGAUGCAAUGGCUAAUGCUUUGCCAUUAAAUGAAUCUUAUGAAUAUCGACAAUAUUUUAUUGAAAAUCGUUUUAAAUAUUAUUUUAAUUUGGCGCCAUUAUUUAUAAAACAAAUGCCAUUGCCAUAUUUAUCUAUGAUUGCAUCAUCUUUAUAUUCGAGUGAUUUUCGAACAGGUAGUAAUUUAUAUGCACGUGGAGCAUUAAUGGCUAAAGAUAUGGAUGAAUUAAUACAGUCAAAAACACUAAAACAAAAAAGUCUUCGUGAUGGUAUAAUUUAUAUGGUGAAAUGGUCAGAAUCUAAUUCAUAUAUUAUUCCAUUUACAAUGGAACAAUUUCCUGAAUUUUUCAUGAAUGCUACUAAUGUUGAUGUUAGUUUAGUGUUAGAAAAAUGGUUACAAUUGACUCAUAUUUAA